AUGGCGACACCUCCCAGUGUUUCUCGUCCUUCUAAACUUCUCGAUGCAACGCAACAAAAAAAGCGUCUUCCACCACUUGUCAUCGCGCCCUCAAAAAGCACAUCCUAUCAAGCCCGGCGUCGUCCAAGUAUGGCACCCACUCCAACACGCACACCGAGCAUGACAACCAGCAGACGACGCAAUCCCGCUGGUGUACAUCACAAACCACCCUCUGAUAUCAAGCUCCUGCCAAGACUGGAAGAAGAGAAUGCCAACCUCCCAUUCCAGGACUCAGUUGAGUUUAUCUUGGCUCAAAUCGAACGACAGAACGCAAUGUUAGAUGAAGACCCGAAAUCAGUUUGCAUCCAAUCCAAUGAACUCAAAGCUCAUCUGUCAACCCUUCAAAACCUAACUACUACAACAACCCUAGAUACCGAGAAAGAUGAUAUUGACUGGGAAUUCUGGUCUUUUAUGACUGAAGAUUUUGGAGGGGUGGCGUUGAAGCUGCCUCACUUAGUGUCAGCCAAACUCAGAGCGGGGAUCCCCGACAAAGUGCGGGGCGUGAUCUGGCAGGCUAUGAGCCAGUCGGCGUCCCUGAACCUCGAGACAAUGUAUGGCCAGCUCCUUGCAGAGAACUCUCCGUAUGAACGAAUUAUCCAAAGAGAUCUUGCACGUACCUUCCCUCACGUCGAAAUGUUUAAGCAAGAGGGCGGAGACGGCCAACAAGCUCUGGAAAGAAUUCUCAAGGCAUAUAGUCUGUAUGACUCUAUGGUCGGUUACUGUCAAGGACUUGCAUUUCUUGUCGGACCUCUUUUGAUGAAUAUGCAAGAGCAACAAUCAUUUUGCGUAUUUGUCAGGCAAGUAUAUUUGGGUCAACUCAUGGAAACGUAUGAAAUGAGAUCUAUGUUCACACUCAACAUGGAAGGUCUUCAACUACGACUAUACCAGUUCUCCAGUCUGCUGGCUCAGAUCUUGCCAGAACUGUCUGAUCAUUUAGCUUUUCACACCGUCAAUGCUCCAAUGUACGCUUCCCAGUGGUUUCUCACACUGUUUGCCUAUGCAUUCCCAAUCGACCUAGUAUUCAGAAUAUAUGAUAUUGUAUUCGCAGAAGGUGCUGCAGAAACAAUUAUGCGCGUUGCCAUUGCCAUGAUGAAACGCUCUGAAGAUACCCUCAUGGAAAUGACCGAAUUCGAAGAUAUCCUUGACUACGUUACCACUAAAUUAUACAAUAUCUACAAUGAUGACCCCGGUAUGGUUAUUACCGACGCCAUUGCUCUCAGUGGCCUUAUCACACGCGAAAAAAUCGACCAUUUAGCCGAACUAUACGUCCGUGAACAAGAAGAAGAAAAGAAACAGACAGAACAAGUACUAGCAGUCCGCUUCAAUUUCUGGUCAAAGCAGCCUGCCUCCCCUACUCCAAAAGCCAAAAAGCGAGAAUCUUCAGGAUGGCUCAACAAACGCACUUCAUCGUCCUCCUCUGGUGGAGACGAAGAAGAAAAACUCAAACCCACUGUACCUCACCAAGAUAUAGCCAAACUUCAUCAGCAGACCGAAGAUCUCUUGUUGGCUCUCUCUCAACUUCAAACUGACCAUCUCCAAGUCAAACAAGAGCUUAUGCAAGUUCGUAUGGACAAAAUGGACAUUGAAGCCGAACGAGACAGUUUACUCACAACAGUCCAAGAAAUGCCUCGCCAUGCACCUGUGGCUCCUAAACGUAGCCAGCAUGGACUUCAAAAAGACUUGAAUGCAGCACGACAUGAAAACGUCGAAAUUCAACAGGCAUUGAUUUUGGUUCGCCAAGAUAAGGCUGAAUUGAUUGAACAAGUGGAAGAAUUGCGUCAUGAGAAUGAAAUGGCCAAGGAUGCUCAGACACAAUUGAUUGAAAAGUUGAUGGACUAUCAGCAAAAACUAGAUGCUCUUGAAGAUGUUCAGGAAAUUAACGAACGAUUGAAACAACGUCUUGAAGAUGCUAAUAAGGUUGCCCAAGAGCUACAAAGCGAGAAAAUUCGACUAUUGAAUGAUCUCGAACAGGCUCGCCAGAAAGGCAAUCGGCAUGCAGAGUCUGAAGGUGGCAGGCGUAGACCUGUAUCAAUGUCGAUGUCUGUAUCUCCCUAUAUGGAUCAAUCUUCAGCUGCUCUUCGCCCGAUUAUACGUCCCGCUCUUCCACGCACUAAAAGCAAUCAACGAUUGGAAGUUGUUCCUACUACUAAUCCUAAUAUUCCAUCUAUUAUUUCUGUAUCCACUACAGCAGGCGAAGGCCGAUGUAGAGAAUUAGAGCAGAUGUUAGCAGAGGCUAAACUUCGAAUUGUGGAGUUGGAAACAGCGCCCAGUAGGAAUGCUACUGGAUUGACACAGCCAAGUGUAUUGCGUAGGAAUAGGACACAGACAGUUCCUAGUGUGCCAUCACCACUUGCAGCACGCCCUGGGAAGGCACGAAGUGUGACGUCAAACAGUGGACCAUCAUCGCCUGUGGAUCCGAAUCCCCGGCGAAGUUGUGACCAAAUAAGUCAGCACCAUCGCCCGAACGCGGCCACUGCAUCCGGAACGCUUUCUAAGCGAGCGAGUUUCUAUGGACGGUUCUGGUCAGCUAUCGGGCAGCAAGACACACCACCUGUCAGUCCGGUCCACGAUGCUGCAUAAUGAUUAACGAUAUUAAAUAAACACAUAUUUGUUUCUU